AUGAAUGAUAAUAACUUUAGAGAUCACUACUUGCACGAAACAUCAACAUCUUCAGGAGGAGUUCAAGAUGAAGGAAUAUUUCUACUAGCUUCGAGUCAACCUAAGAAACGUGCAGGGAGAAAGAAGUUCAAGGAAACUCGCCACCCAAUUUAUAGGGGAGUGAGAAGGAGGGACAACAACAAGUGGGUUUGCGAGAUACGUGAGCCUAUUGAGCAAAAAAGAAUAUGGCUAGGGACUUACCCUACUCCAGAAAUGGCAGCUCGAGCUCAUGAUGUAGCUGCAUUAGCACUUAGAGGUAAUCUAGCCACUUUGAAUUUUGCCGACUCUAGUUGGCGGUUGGCAGUGCCGGUAUCAAAGGAUCCCGAAGAAUUACGUCAGGCCGCUAUGAAAGCAGCCGAAGCGUUCCUUCAAGAUACUGAAUCAGUUGAAAUCAAUUAUAUGAAUCAUGAUUAUAGUGAGGGAGUGAAGUGUCAAGAAAAUAUUGUUGUUGGUGGGGCCAGUGGAAGUGACAAUAAUAAUAAUUUGGUGGGUAAUGAAGUGAAUAACAUACAAAAUAUGGAGAUGGAUAGCAUUUUAUGUUAUAAUAAUAAUUGGGGAGGCAAUAAUGAAAUAGAGGGAUCAUCAUGGCAAGAAAAGAUGAGUGAGGGGCAUUUGUUUUCACCAACUCCCCAUUUAGAUAGUUAUUUCAGUUGGGAUGAUGUGGAAAGUGACGUGGAAGUGUCCUUGUGGAGCUAUACUAUGUAA